CUGGCGGAGCCGCUGAGCGCCGCGCAGCUGCGGCGGCUGGAGGAGCAUCGCUACAGCGCCGCGGGCAUCUCGCUGCUCGAGCCGCCGCUGCAGAUCUACUGGACCUGGCUGCUCCAGUGGGUCCCGUUGUGGGUAGCCCCCAACACCAUCACUCUGCUGGGCCUCGCCGUCAACCUCCUCACCACGCUCGUGCUCAUCUCCUACUGCCCCGCGGCCACUGAGGAGGCACCAUACUGGACAUACCUUUUAUGUGCACUCGGACUUUUUUUCUACCAGUCACUGGAUGCUAUUGAUGGGAAACAAGCCAGAAGAACAAAUUCUUGUUCUCCUUUAGGAGAACUUUUUGACCAUGGUUGUGACUCUCUUUCCACAGUAUUUAUGGCAGUUGGAGCUUCAAUUGCUGUUCGCUUAGGAACUCAUCCUGACUGGUUGUUUUUCUGCUCUUUUAUUGGGAUGUUCAUGUUUUAUUGUGCUCAUUGGCAGACUUAUGUUUCGGGCGUGUUGAGGUUUGGAAAAGUGGAUGUAACUGAAAUUCAGGUAGCUUUAAUGAUCGUCUUUGUGUUGUCUACAUUUGGAGGAGCAACAAUGUGGGACUAUACGAUACCUAUUCUAGAAAUAAAAUUGAAGAUCUUCCCAGUUCUUGGAGUUGUAGGUGGAGCAAUAUUUUCCUGUUCAAAUUAUUUCCAUGUUAUCCUCCAUGGUGGAGUUGGCAAGAAUGGAUCCACUAUAGCAGGCACCAGUGUUCUGUCACCUGGACUUCACAUAGGAAUUAUUAUUAUACUGGCAAUAAUGAUCUAUAAAAAGUCAGCAACUAAUGUGUUUGAAAAGCAUCCUUGUCUUUAUACCCUAAUGUUUGGAUGUGUCUUUGCUAAAGUCUCACAAAAAUUGGUGAUAGCUCACAUGACUAAAAGUGAACUGUAUCUUCAAGACACUGUCUUUUUUGGCCCAGGUCUUUUAUUUUUAGACCAGUACUUUAAUAAUUUUAUAGACGAAUAUGUUGUUCUAUGGAUAGCAAUGGUCAUUUCUUCAUUUGAUAUGAUGAUGUACUUUAGUGCCUUGUGCCUGCAAAUUUCAAGACACCUUCAUCUAAAUAUCUUCAAGACUUCAUGUCAUCAAGCACCUGAACAGGUUCAAGUUGUUCCUUCAAAGAGUCAUCAGAAUAACAUGGAUUGAAGAGACUUUCGAACACUUGCCAUCUCUUGCUGUUGCUGUUCCAUGAAAGGAAAUAUUAAACAUUCAUUUAACUUUUCGAUAAGUGUUUUACAUAUUUCAGCAAAUAAAAUAUUUCAAUGCUUA